AUGGGAAAGUUGGGAAAAACUCUAUCGGCAGAUGAUUACAUCAUAUCAAACAUCGAGAGGCAAGUGGCAAAUCUCUCUCAGUUGCGCCAUAAAAAUCUCAUCAGCUACGAAUGUGUUUUGUGCAUGAAGAAGAAGGAGGGAGUUCUGGUGUAUCUCGUGCAGGACUUUGUCCUUGGCACUAGCAUCUGCACAAUUUCCGGAACUCUUGGCUGGUGUGCCGAGGGUGCUAGUAUGGUGGCUAAGGGUGUUCUGGAUGCUAUGAUUUUCCUGCACAAUAAUUCCGUCUUCCACAAUCAUCUUCUGGACACGACAGUCUUCAUGGAUAAUACUGGGACGAUCCGGGUGACGGAUUUUGCUCUGGUGCCGUAUUUGCAGGAUUUGAUUGGAUGCUCCAGUGUCACGAAGAGUGAUUUACCGGCAAUGGGGGCGCUCCUGGAGGCUCUUCUGCCCACGCACACUUCCAAUAUGAGAGAUUACAUUGAGAGAUGCAAGUCAGACAGGACUCUGAGUGCUGUGGAACUUCUGACGCAUCCUUUUCUGCAGCCGGUGCUUUUUAGUGAGGCUGCAGCGGUGGAAUCCACAGCUGCAGCUGUUAUUCCGGCCAGGGAGCGACAUGAGUUGCAUUCGACGAUUUCCACAGUUCAAUCGAGGCUUCAGAAUGAAUUUGAAUUUCUGCAGUUUCUGGGCAAAGGAGCCUAUGGAGAUGUCCUGAAAGUGAGAAAUAUUCUUGACAAUCGACAGUAUGCCAUCAAGAGGAUUCCACUGACAGCCAGGAAUAAGCAGUUGUACAAGAAGAUCCGGAGGGAAGUGGAACUUCUGUCGAGAUUGAAUCACGAAAAUGUGGUUAGGUAUUACAAUAGUUGGAUAGAAACGGGAUUGCCGAGUGAUGAUUUUGGGCAGGAUAAACUGGCUGGAGGUGAUUUCUCCAUUAGCAUUCCCGAGAGUAAGAAACAGGCACAGAUUGAGUCCUCUUCGGAGUCCUCCUCAAGUGACUCCAGUGAUUGGAUAAAUUAUAUUCCAAAUACAGCUGGAGAUCUCAGUGAUGGCAUUGAAUUUGUCAAUUCGGCCGGGGAAUGUGUAGAAGUGUCGGACUUUGAGGAUGAAAGUGUGUCGAAGAAUCGGACAGAAUCUCGGAAAUCGCCUCAUUUUGAGAAUCAAUUCAUGUACAUUCAGAUGGAAUUCUGUGAGAAAAGUACUCUCCGGACGGCAAUUGAUGGAGGAUUGUGCGGGGAUUCUGAUCGGCUCUGGAGGCUCUUUCGGGAAAUUGCUGAGGGUUUGAGUCACAUUCAUCAACAGGGAAUGAUCCAUAGGGAUCUAAAACCUGUCAAUAUCUUUCUGGAUUCGAGGGAUCAGGUGAAAAUUGGGGAUUUCGGAUUGGCUACCACGAGUUUCCUGGCACUGCAGAGUCAGGAGCAAAAUGCCUCCAGUACACUGACGCAUUCGGAUAUGGGUGAUACUCUGACUGGACGCGUCGGAACGGCUCUCUAUGUGGCUCCGGAACUCAUGGGGAAUGCCUCAAAGUCCACAUACAAUCUCAAGGUUGAUCUCUACUCACUGGGAAUCAUCCUAUUCGAAAUGAGUAUCCCACCUUUUGACACGGCCAUGGAACGGGUGAAAACCAUUGCAUCCUUGAGAUCUCCAUCGAUAACAUUUCCUGAUUUUAUGAUCAAGGACAAGAAGUAUUCGCAGCAUGUUCAGGUGAUUCAUUGGCUCCUGAAUCAUGAUCCGUCCAAGAGGCCAUCGUCUGAGGAAUUGCUGACGUCGGAUCUCGUGCCACCGGCUCGUCUUGAGGCCACAGAACUGCAGGAGAUGCUACGCAAUGUCCUGGCCAAUCCACAGAGUCGCACGUACAAGCAUUUGGUCUCGAGAUGUCUGUCUCAGCAAAGUGAUACAGUGCUAGAGCUCACCUACCACCUUGGCUUAGUUCCUAUCUCCACGACUCUGGAGUACGUUAAGGGAAAAAUUGUAAAUGUAUUUAGAAGACAUGGAGGUAUUGAGGUGAUAACACCUCUCCUGACACCCCUUGGAAAAGGACAUCCUCACACAAAUUCCGUCAAAUUGAUGACACAUUCCGGGAGUGUUGUGUAUCUUCCGUAUGAUUUUCGGCGGCCUUUUGCGAGUCAUGUGGCUGUUAAUGGGAUAACAUCAAUCAGACGUUACUCAAUAGGUCGAGUGUAUCGGGAGAAGAAGGUGUUCAAUUUCCAUCCGAAGCAACUCUAUGAGUGUGCUUUUGACAUUAUAUCGCAAAAUACGGGAAAUUUUCUGCUAGAUGCCGAAAUAAUAUCCGUGGCUUAUGAAAUAUCAAUGGAAUUGACGAUUCUCAGGGAGAAGAAUCUCUCUUUCCGGCUCAAUCAUACGAGUCUCCUUCGAGCCAUUUUAAUUCACUGCAAUGUACCCAAGGAUAAGCAUUACACCCUUUUUGCGGCCAUUCAGGAUUUUAUGGAUUCCAAAAUUGCAAAAUUCCAACUCACUUCGAGCAUUAAUUCCAUUUUUGCGAGCACAAAGCACAACACCAACACAUUGAUUGAUUUGUUGGUCACGGAAUCACCUCUCGGUGGUCCUCGGGGCAGCAUCAAUGGCAGUGCCCUGCGGUCCCUGGUCAAGGGACGUGGAGAAGCAGCAGCACUGGCCAAAGGUGCCAUCCGGGAGCUCGAAUCAGUUGUGCAACUUGUCCAGGGAAUGGGUGUCACUUGUCCCAUGAUCCUCCAGCCGGGAUUGUCCAUUGGCUUCGACAGGGCUCGCUCAGGAGGGAUUGUGUGGCAGAUGGUGGCUGAUCUCAAGAAAUCCCGAAAGAGAGGGCCAGAUGUUCUGGCUGUUGGAGGGCGUUACGAUGAUCUUCUGGCGGAUUUUCAAAAAUCCGGAUCAGCGUGCGGAAUUGUCGUUCCGGACAAAAAUAUUUGCGGUGUAGGAUUGUCCUUUGCAAUGGACAAAUUGGUUAAUUGCUUGAAUUCCAAUCCGAGCAAUGAAUAUAGGCCAAUAGAUGUUGUAAUAUCUGUGACGGGCUGUCGUCCACCGCUGCAGGAUGUCACGCAGAUCCUGCGAUGCCUCUGGACGAUGGAUAUCAAGAGUGGCGUUGUGGAGGCAUGCAAUCAGGAAGAGGCAGAGCAGGCGGCCAAGGAAUUGGGAGCUGCUCAUGUGAUUGUUUUGGGGGAGGGUGGGACAUUCCGUGUGAGUUCGUGGGACAAUAGAAUUUUCCGGGAUCAGCAAGUGAGUCGACCAGAACUCAUGGAUUACCUGCAGAAGAUACGGAAUCCGCCAGAAUCGGGUCUGAGUGAGAGUUUCAGUGCGUCUCAGAUGAAUACGAGUGGAGGGGGAAGUGUUGGGACUAAGGGUAAUUCGGCAUCAUCAUGCUUCACUAACAUUGAAGUGUUUUUCAUAACGAUGGAAAAGGUGGCGAGUCAUGCGAAGAAACGCAUUGAGAAUCAACUCCUGCAACUCAUGGCCAGUACCCUCAAACUCUUUGCCAAGAAAGAGAGAAUCCGGGUGUAUGCCGUUGAUCUGCCAAUGAGUGCCUUAGGACUCUUUGUGGGAACACUGGAUCCACGAGAUUUUGCCACUCGUCCCACGGAUGAUGAAAUACCCAAAAUCAUCGAAAGGUUUCCACGUCUCAAAAAAUAUAUCACGUCUCUCUAUGACGAAAUAAUGGAUGAACUUGCUGAACCACGGAGAACUUACUCCAUCAUUGGGAUUUACAGCAUACCAGACUUAGGCUAUAGAUUUAUUGUUUGAUUCGCAAAGAUGGUGGUGACACUUUGAAAAAGUGCAAAGGGGUCGAUGCGAUUUAUUGUUUACUCGAAUAAUUUUUUUCAGAUCAAGAGAUUAUUGACUUUGUUGAAAAAAAAUACUACUUAGGGGCACAAAAAAACCAUGAUUGGGAACAUUUCGAAUUGAUUUUAUUGCAGAAAUGAAAAUAUUUUUUUAAAGAUAAAGAAAGAGCAUUAAAAAAUAAAAAUGGCAUUACA